AUGAGGCUCAUGAGAUACUCGUUCACACCUGUUCAUGUGCCAGGAAAACUGUUGUACACUGCCGACACGCUAUCCCGUUCUCCAACACCAGCCAAAUCAGGUGAUUCAUUUCAUGAGGAAGUGAACUUAUAUGCUCAUCAAGUCAUAGCUGGAAUGCCUAUCAGUGAUAGCAAAUUAGAUGAUAUUAUGAUCCAUCAACAGGAGGAUGAAGCAUGCAGGCAAAUUAUGAACUAUGUAGCUGAAGGUUGGCCUGAAAAACAUAAUGUCAAGGGUUUAGUCAGCCCUUAUUUUGCUCAUAGAGCAGAGCUGACAGUGGUUAAAGGGCUGUUGAUGAUGGGACCUCGAGUCGUUAUACCAUCGUCUAUGAAAUUGGAAGUCCUGGAUAAGAUCCACGACGGUCACCAAGGGAUUGUCAAGUGCAAGGCAUUGGCCAGAAACACAGUGUGGUGGCCAAGCAUGAUGAAGAAUAUAGAGGAGUUAAUUGAAAACUGUCGCAAGUGUCAGUCUAACAGGAAAAAUCCUCCAGAACCUCUAGUUCCUACCAUGCUCCCACAACGACCAUGGCAAUACAUAGCCACUGAUGUCUAUGAACUCAAUAAAAGACUGUAUUUAGUAAUGAUUGAUUACUACUCCAGAUGGAUAGAGGUAGCUAGUCUGAGUUCAACCGCCUCAGCAGAGGUCAUAGACAGGAUGAAACGUGCAUUUUCCAGAUUCGGAAUUCCAGAUCAAGUAAAAUCUGACAACGCCAGCUACUAUACAUCAAGGGAAUUUAAGAUGUUCACUUUAGAUUACGGGUUUCGACAUGUCACUAGCAGCCCAGGUCAUGCUUCAGGCAACGGUGAAGCAGAGAGAGCAGUGCAAACAGCUAAACGUCUCCUAGCUGGCUCUCAAGAUCCUUAUCUUGCUUUGCUACAGUAUAGAGCGACACCAUUGGCUAAUGGUUAUUCUCCAGCUGAGCUAAUGAUGUCAAGGAGGCUAAAAACCAAAGUGCCGGUGGCCCCGUCUCAGCUGUCCCCAAACCUUGUGCAGAAUCAUGCCCUACGUCAGUUUGAAGACAAUCACAAAACCAAACAGAAGCUGCACUUUGACAGAAGGCAUUCAGCGAGGCCUCUUGUUCCCUUAGAGAAGGGAGAUGAAGUGAUGGUACAAGACAGAGGACAGUCUGGAAUAGUAGUGGAGAAGUGCACACCUCGUUCUUAUGUGAUCCAUACGGACACUGGGUCAUAUAGAAGGAAUAGAGUACAGAUCAACAAGAUACCACCCCCACCCCCAGCUGCAGCUACAUCUCCAGCCAAACCCACACCGGUGCCAGUACCUCCAUCACCUAAACUUCCUUCACCCCAAACUGCUAACACUGCAGAAGGAACUGGCACAUCAAAAGUGUACACCAGAUCUGGCCGUCAAUCUAAGCCCUCAUCUAGAUUGAAGGAUUAUGUGCCAUAA